AGCGCUUAAUUCAUUUGUUUUCGAAUUAAAUCCCAAUCUAUUCGAGCUCCUCAAUUCUCUCUCGGUUCUCAAGCGCCUCUUCGCCGUCCAGAUGGCUCGUACCAAGCAAACCGCUCGCAAAUCCACUGGUGGAAAAGCUCCCAGGAAGCAGCUUGCUACUAAGGCUGCGCGUAAGUCCGCCCCAACUACUGGAGGCGUGAAGAAACCACACAGAUACCGCCCAGGAACAGUUGCUCUUCGAGAAAUUCGCAAGUACCAGAAGAGCACAGAGCUUCUAAUUCGCAAGCUCCCAUUCCAGAGGCUUGUUCGUGAAAUUGCACAGGAUUUCAAGACAGAUCUGCGGUUCCAAAGCCACGCGGUUUUGGCUUUGCAAGAGGCGGCUGAAGCUUACCUGGUUGGGCUGUUCGAAGACACCAACCUCUGCGCCAUUCAUGCCAAGCGCGUUACAAUAAUGCCGAAAGAUAUUCAACUUGCCAGAAGAAUUCGUGGGGAAAGAGCUUAACCAGCUUCCCAAAUUACUCGAUGCAUCAUCAAUAUAAUAUUUUUCCUGUGCUCCAAUCUCAACCGAUGUGUAAAAAUUGAGCUUUUUGCAACUAUAAACACAAUCUUAGUUUAACUUUGAA